UUCCUCCCCCUUCUCAACCAUGUAGAUGAUCGGAUCAAGGUCGUCAUCUUGACAGGUGCAGGCAGGGCAUUCAGCGCCGGAAUCGACCUAAAUGGAGACCACAGCCAGAAGAAAAACCAAGUGCGCCCUACUGAGAUGCGCGAUCCAGGAGGCACACUCGCGCUUUCCAUGUUCAAUUGCAGCAAGCCCAUUAUAGUGGCAUAUAAUGGCCUGUCUGUUGGCAUUGGCAUGACAUCAACUCUAGCGGCGGCCAUUCGUAUUGCGCCGCGCAAUUCAGAAUUCGGAUUCCCCUUUUCAAGGAUUGGCCUUACGAUGGAAUCGGCUAGCUCCUUUUUCCUCCCGCGUAUGGUUGGAUAUAGCAAUGCUACGUAUUUGCUAGCAACUGGAAAACGAUAUCCCGCACAUUCACCUGUCCUUCACGGCAUCUUCGCAGAGCUUCUGCCCGAAUCUAAGGACGUUCUUCCCCGAGCCCUUGAACUUGCGCAGGAUAUUUUAUCCAAUGUUAGUACUAUGGCAAUCUAUUUAAAUCGGCAGCUCAUUUGGCGGAACCCUGGCUCUGCGGAAGGCGCACAUCUGAUCGAUAGCCCUCUGCUAUACAGUAUGUUUGGUGGAAGGGACCACCUUGAAUUCAAAGAAUCCUUCUUUGAGAAACGUCAGCCUGAAUUCACCGAUGUAUUAGCAAAGGAUGCGCCUCAGACAUACCCUUGGUGGAACGAAUUAUCGGUUGAGACAAGACCGAGUUCUCCAAAGGUCCAUAAAGGGAAGCUAUAA